AUGACAUCCAUACACUUCGUGGUUCACCCGUUGCCCGGGACUGAGGACCAGCUCAAUGACAGGUAUUUGUUGCGGGCGUGGAAAAUAAAUGUUUCAAUCAAUAUAUAUGUGUAGGGUGUGAUACCCGACGAUUAUCUAUUUGUUUCGAAGCAAUGUUCAUAUUGUCAUGUGUAUUUCAAUCGAACAAUUUUCGACCACUUUACCGUACUUGAAGCAAGGCCCGGCAUCUUGAACAAGCCUCUUCAACGUAGCUAACGUUAGCUAGCCUGCUAUGCUAAUAAGCUAGCUAGUCAGAGCUAGCAGCAGUUAAGCGAGCUGUUUCGUUCGUUCUCUGCCUGGAAAGAUUGGCCGAUGGUCAAAGUUAAGACUGACAAUGCGGGUUGGGGGAUGGGGAAAAAUGAGGGAACGUCAGUGACUAUAGCGUUGUAAUGAUCCGUCAUUGUUUGUUUUUUUGCAUUGACAUUGUGUAUGUCAUGCCAGCUACCUUUGGACAUCUUAUUGUCGACUAUCUAGAGGGAGUUGGCUAGCUCGACGGAACCAUCGAAGAUGUAGCUAGCUAGUUAAGUGGCUAAUUAGCUAGCUAAUAUAUUAGCUAGUCAUUGCUAGAUAAUGUUAGCUAAGCUAGCCACACUUGUGCCAAUAUAUUUUCUUGCUAGCUAGGUAGCGUUAUCCAGCCAACCAAUUGUAAGCUAACAUUGGAUUGCUUAUUUGCGACUUGUUUAUCUAGUCAACCAACGACGUUAGUUAGCUAACUAGUCGGCCAACUAAUAUUGUUCCUCGUGAAUAAACAUCAGCCAGUUUUCAACCUCAUAUUCAUAAUCUCCAGCGUCAAACCAGUGUCUACAUACAGCAUGUGAAAACAGCGCUAUUCUAUGAUCUGUGGUUUAAAAAUAUUAGAAAGGUCCUAAUAAAAUGCUUCUCUGUGACAUCGCAGGGUUGGAUUAAAAGUAAAAAAGUGAUUUUCAAAACCGGCAACGAGUUUCUAGGCCAAGGGUGGGUAUUUUCUUGGUCCCCAUGUCACCGCGAAUCUCAUACGUUUGAAAAUCACUGAUUUUAAAAUGUUUUAACUUUUGAUGAUGUCAUCGGGGUGAACUCUUUAACUUUUGUAUUUUUUUUUCUACAAAACUUAGAAAUGGGCCGUUUUUCACAUAUAUGCUGGACAUAAUAAAAUGAGGUUGAAAGUGGUGGAGUUGGCCUUUAAAUUACAUAAUUUUUACAGAGUAGUUACCUGGCCAAGUGGUGAGUAAAUAUGUGUAAAUAAUAUAUAACGUUAGCUUAAGCGAGACAAUGACCAGCUCUGAACAGUUGACUGUCUGUGUAUUGUGACCUGUAUUUUGCUCUGCAGGUGAUUUUAUAGUAAGCCUAUUUAUAUCAUCCAUUGAGAUUGAACUGAUUAAUGGGCCGUUCUACUUUAAGACAGAGAGGUUGGGACUUUGGAAAAGCACAUCUUGAAUGACCUUGAAUUAAAAGCAAGGAUAUGACAUUUGAAGCUAGGGUUUUGUACUUAUUGACCAACUGCAGUUAUUUGUCUUACCCAAGAGUUGUUUCUUACCAUAGUUGUUAAGAGGCAUACUUUUAUCCAAAAGUAAAUAGGAUAUUUGUACACAAGAAUAUGUUGAGACUCACAAUAAGCCAGUCUCAUGGACUGCUUGUGCCUCGACUGUUCAGGAUGUAUUUUCAUUACCCGGCUGAGGACACUGAUUCUUCUCUGACCCACAUGGAUAUAAUAUAAUUUUUGUACAUGUUAGGAGGAGAACAUUAGGUUUAGUAUACGCAAACACAUUUCUUGCAGAGUAAAAGAGCCCUUCUGUCCUGUUGAUGUUGGUUAUUAAUGGCUCUGGGUGGUGUGCCUCAUAUAUCAAGGCAGUGUUGCUGGCUCAUUGUUUAUCUUCUGCUGAGGGACUGGUUACUGUCACUGGACAACCGGCCGGGCCAUGCCUUAUAAGUAAUCGCCAUCCAUCGGCUUGUCCACUGGGCUUGCUUGACAGGAAAUGUCAUAUUACUUACAUUUUCACCCCAUACGGCUUGCCAUUUGCAGCAGGUAAUAUUGUAUCUUUGACAAGAUUUGUCCACUUUCUGUGGCUGACAUUUUGUAUGAUAACAUAGCCUUGGUGUAUUGACUUGCUCCCAUGAGUAUAUGGAUUAAUUAAAUGUUUGUUCACUUCACCUGUUUCCUGUUAACGAGUCAAUUUCUGGUGACCAUAACCAUUGUUGUACUUCAGCCAUUAGAAUGACAAUCAAUGCUUCCAGUAGUGUAGCCUAAAGCAGUUGAAGCUCUUUUUAAACUAUUGUUGACCCUAUUGGACCUGUCAUUUCAUAGCAGGCAAAAGGAGUAAGGCAUGUGCCUGGUUCACUCAUCGAGAGUAUAGAUGCUAGAGCUGAAACAAGAAAUAAAGCUGUCAGCCUGUCAUGCUUUACACAACGUGGUUUUUAAACUUCGAUACAAUCAAAUAUUUUGCUGGUCUAGAAUGGUGACAGAGACGGGCAAUAAGGUGAUGACAGUUAUGGGCUUGGAGUUGUACUAAAUAAUCACUCUGAUCAACUUGUACUAAAAUGAAAGGUCACAAUAGUACUGAUGUCUCUAUUGGAUGUACACUGCCAUUCAAAAGUUUAAAAUUAUAAACUUGGAUUAGCAAACACAACGUGCCAUUGGAACACAGGACUGAUGGUUGCUGAUAAUUGGCCUCUGUACGCCUAUGUAGAUAUUCCAUUCAAAAUCAGCCGUUUCCAGCUACAAUAGCCAUUUACAACAUUAACAAUGUCUACACUGUAUUUCUGAUCAAUUUGAUGUUAUUAUAAAAAUGGACAAAAAAAUUGCUUUUCUUUCGAAAACAAGGACAUUUCUAAGUGACCCCAAACUUUUGAAUGGUAGCUCAGCACAUGCCCUGUCCCUUUGACUGGGGGAAUGACCUGCCCACUGAUGUACUCUGUGAGUGAAGGCAACAGUCCCAAUGCAGUGCAGAUGGUUAUACACACCAUGCUCUAACUGUUUAGCUAUACUGUUAUUUAGAUACUUUUUUUUUAUGAAGCUGGUGAGCAAUUUUGAUACUGUUGUCAUCAGCAUUCAUGCAGUUGAGAUUCUCAUCGGACUUCUUGUUAAUGUCAUGUGCAAGCAGAUGCCAUGCUCCUUAUAGAGUCUACACAGAGUACAGACUAGUAACUCAUGUAUCAUGACCAUGGAUUUCCAGACCAUGAAUUGCACAGAUUCACACUGUGAAUGGAAAUGAACAAUCUCAGUAAUGUCAAUUUUUUAUUAUUACUUAUUUAUUAUACUUAACAGGCUUCGUGAAGUGUCGGAGAAACUCAACAAAUACAACUUUAACAGGUAAGACAUUAAUGUUUUUUAUACAUUUUUAUUUUAACGGUGGAAUUAUCAGCAAAUGUAUUACUCAGCCAUGUGUCUGUCAGCGGGGACCACACUCUACAGAUAUAUAGCGAUCUUAUAGCUUUUCUACAUGUUAACAUUACCUACAUUGUCUGUCUCUCUCAAUGCAGUCAUCCACACCUCAACCUGCUGGAGCAGGCUACCUUAAAACAGUGUGUAGUUGGACCAAACCAUGCUGGCUUUCUGCUUGAGGUAACAUCGAAGGAUUUAUGUAUAUUACAAUCAAUAACGUUUUAGCUGUACUGCCUCUACAUUUUGAUGGCGGUUGCGAUCCCAAAUGGCACCCUUUUUCCUAUAGUGCGCUACUUAUGAAAAAUAAGAGCACCAUGAAUUAGUAAAUAAACAUGUUAGUGCAGUCUUUUUUUUUAUGUAAGAUGCCAUCACCUUUUCUGUAGUAAUGGCACCGGAGGGAAUGGCUGCCGUUUUACAGGCUCCUGACCAACUGUGUUUUUUGUGUGCAUCGUUUGUAACUUAUUAAAGGCUCCUUAACAGCUUCUACCCCGAAGCCAUAAGACUGCUGAACAAUUAAUCAAAUGGCCACCCGGACUAUUUACAUUGACCCCCCCCCUUACUUUAUUUUAUUUAGUAAAUAUUUUCUUAACUCUAUUUCUUGAACUGCAUUGUUGGUUAAGGGCUUGUAAGUAAGCAUUUCACAGUAAGGUCUACACCUGUUGUAUUCGGCGCAUGUGACAAAUACAAUUUGAUUUGUUUUGAUAAUAUGGAGUAAUUUCUUUCCAGGAUGGACGUGUAUGUCGGAUCAGCUUUGCUGUCCAGCCUGAUCGUCUGGAGCUGACCAAACCAGAUGGCAACGAUGGGUGAGACUGUUUACACUAGGAAAAUAGUUUCAUCCUAAUGGAGUUUUUAAGAGAACUCCAAAUGCAUUGGGAGAUCACUGCGAUUAUCAUUCAGGUCAUUACGCAAGGCCAAAUAUUGUAUAUAUAUAUUUUUUAUUCCGGGGGUUGCAUUAGCUUUCUGAAAUAUGCAUUUUCAAAACAUAUACCGACAAAAUCUGCGUUUUAAACCAUUUCACCUGUGUUUUAUAUUGAAAGUCAAGUGUUUUUUUGCUUCAGUAGAGUGGUAAGGGGCGUGCAACUAUAUCGUUUUUCUUCACACAAAAUACAUUAGUGCAACACAUUCGGCAGAACAUUUUUUCAUCAGAUGACAACAGAAGUGCAACGCUAUUUGGCUAGUAAAUUAGCUUGCAAUGAAAAAGCAAGUAAUUUUUUUCGCAAAAAAAUAUUUGUAAUGUUUGUCGUAGAAAAAAUGUAGCCAGCUACAUUUCCUAAUGUUUUGCUGGAAGUUAAUCUUGCUUUGUUACUGUAACAACUACACCGGAAAGUACCCUACACAUCACAUCAGUCAGAGCGCUGUCUGGUGAUCCAAUGACGAGAGCAAAGAUAUUUCAUCCGACUGGACAAGUGCAACUGAAGCACAAAAUGAGUCCUUUUACAUUCAUGAUUUGGCGCGAACCCUGACUGAAGCCGAGCAGAAUUUACAAUAAGAAGCAUUUAAGAACUGCAUUUACAAAAUGCAGCAAGAUAUUUUUUCUGUGUUUUAUAUUUCCUUUUCUGUGUGAAAAAAACGCAAAAUCCUGCCUUAACACGACUCCUGCAUGCUGAAGCCUAGCAAUGGUGAGUCCUGCGAGUUGAGUUCCAUUGAGGACUUACUAAGUACUUAGGCCUACUAGUAGAAUGGUUUCAUGAUGUUGUGGUCCUCUGUAGUUCAAUUGGUAGAGCAUGGCGCUUGUAACGCCAGGGUAGUGGUUUCGAUCCCCGGGACCACCCAUACGUAAAAAUGUAUGCGCACAUGACUAAGUCGCUUUGGAUAAAAGCGUCUGCUAAAUGGGAUUAUUAUUAUUAUAUGUUAUUACUUGGUCACUUAACACACUAUGACAAAUGAAAGACCAGAAAGUGUUGUGACCUGUGUUAAGCUGUUUUGCAUCAUGAACAAUGUAUUUUUUAUAGAUAAGUAAUUGGUAUUUUCUUCCAUCUCUACAGUUUACUGUCCCAAACAAAAACUAAACAAACAAAGCUUGCAAUGGUAUCUUAGUAUUUAGAAAUUAUAGGCCACGUUCUGAAAGCCAAUUGCAUUUAUGAAUCUGCUCUUUGCUCUUCUGCGUUUUAUUUUGUAUGAGCAAGAAUGCCUUUUUUAGCUGUUGUAGGGUUUGUGUUGGUGGGCAGCAUGUAUUUGUGAGUUUCAUUGAUACCCUAUACGUCUUACCAGCAGAACAGCAUCAAACAGUGAACUAGGCCCUCUAGUUGCAAAGCAUGCAAGUGAAUCAGCCUGAGAAAGACUGGUAAAUAAUGUGACUGGUUUACUUUAAGCUUUUCUGCAGAGCACGUGUUUUGUUGCCUGGCAUGGUGAAAUAAGCUGAACUUUUCAAAAGAAAAUGAGAUGGUUUCAGAUGGUAAUAGCUUUGCAGUCAGCCGCAUUGUGGGUUACUGGAAAGCCUUACUGUGGAAACGAGCACUGCAUAUUUUCAAUCAGCAACUUUGACAGCUGACUGAACAAAGCUUCCUCUCGGAAUACUAUCCAGUCACACUCCGCACUAUGUAUUGUAAUAAAUGGUAAACAAAUGUACAUUUUUACAGAUUACUGAUAUUUUAUUUCUGCAGAAGUCUGCACAAUUCCUUUCAUUGUUAGGCCUACUAUACUCAAUUGCUAAAUAAAACACGUUUCUAUAUUUUGUGUGUGUCACUAAAAUGCCUAUUAGUAAAAUGUAUCUGCAUUCUUUAAUUGGGAAGAAAUUCACAAUAUAUUGAGAUGGUGUGUACAAAAGAGUAAUGGGUUUGAAUCUCAAACAGGACAAUGCUGUUAUGGUCAGUGUCAGGCGUUGCUCAUGAUUUGUUGGCAAGUAUGUAAUGCAAUUGACUCAAACGUAGACUGCAGCAAAUUCAUACAUCUAUGUACAAUAGGCAUCACAUGUAUAUAACACAAUACACUCUGAUCAUAUCAAAUUAUCUUAUUGUAGGAGUUAGCAAUCGCAGCCCUAAAAAACCCCAAGUACCUUUAAAAAGGGAUAAGUCUUGAAGGCGGAACGAGUUGCAGCCAAUUCUGAUUCCUGAGGGUGUUGCCAUGCUAGCCUCCACCAUUUCCCCUGUUGUUUUUUUUAAACCUUAAACAUAAACAUGUAAAAGCCCUAGACAUGGGCCACAACCUGGGAUUUCCACUCCCAGGUUGUCAUCUUAAUCUUUGGUCCCAUCAUGUGGGACUACUAGGUUUGUAGUAACUGAUCUGAUCUCCCGUCUUCCCAUCUUUUGUUUCCAGUUCAAAGUUGAGUGGCAGUGGUUCAGGGACAGGAAGGAGCUCCAGGCCAGGCAGGACUAGUGAUCCUCCCUGGUUCCUGUCUGGCUCUGACACACUGGGCAGACUGGCAGGCAACACCCUUGGGUAAGUUCUGGCAGUAAGGGCUCUCAGAAAAACCUCCCCUAGACACACUCGGGUAAAGUCGUUUAUAAGGCUUCAUGUGCAUUAGCGCUACGUAGGCCUAGACAAAGACGGCUGCAGGAGGAUUGCUGGAGGCAUUAUUAUUAUCUAGGAUUCAGGUUUUGUCCAUGUAAAAUGAGAUGGCGCAGUCAGAAUCAGACCUUGUACCACAGUUGUACUGUAAAUUGGGACCUUCUAAACCCAAGCAGCAGCAGCUCUGAGGUUAAAGGCAUAAACAUAACAUACCUAUUGGGCCUUGACGCUAUGGGCUGAAUUGAAUAACACUAGGUGAAAGCAAUCUACCAUCCUCCAUUGUAUUUCCCCCCCCCCCCCCUUUUUUUCUUUUCUUCCAAUUGUUACAUAAUCAGCCCCUUAAUUAUACGAUUUAAUGUGGUCAAAUUCAUCUCAAAAAUGACAAAAUACAUUUGCUACCAAACUAUUGCUUUCAAAUUGCGGUAUGCGUAAAUACCCUAGGACCUCUGCUCUCUCUGAAAGCCAGCUGUCCAACGGCUAAUUGCUAAUCCAGUGUGCAGGCAGGCAGCCUUGUGUUGAUUUAAGAGUUUCUGCUGUGUGGCUGACUGCUGUGCCUGACCUUCGCCUUGUGCUAUAACAGGAGUCGCUGGAGCUCCGGGGUGAAUGGUGGAUCAGGAGGAGGAGGAGGAGGAGGAGGAGGCGGUGGUGGUGGCGGCGGCGGCGGCGGCAGCAGCAGUGUAGGAGGUGCAGGGGGAGGAGGUGUAGGAGGAGCUGUCAGUGGAGGAGGUGGUGGAGGCUCUUCCGGGAGGUCGUCUACAGCUGCCCGGGACUCAAGACGUCAGACCAGGGUGAUCCGCACGGGGAGGGACCGGGGCUCUGGUCUCCUGGGCAGCCAGCCCCAGCCUGUCAUCCCUGCCUCGGUCAUCCCAGAGGAACUCAUUUCCCAGGUUAGACCCGCUGUCUGUCGUCACCGACAUUGAUUUGAAUUCAGGAAGUGACACCACCGUUUGAGGAUUUCAUAUCACUGAAUAUACCCUUUUAAAGAAAAACACUUUUUACAAAUCAGAUUUGAUCGAUUUUUAUUGCUUGACCAGAGCCCCUCAUUCAUUAUAACAAGGUCCUCAAUCCAUGGCCUUCACUUCUCUCUGGUGCUCAGUCACCACAGUCACAACAUGGUUGUUUUCUGGGUGGUGAUCUUCAUGUUGCCUCUCCUCUUCCCCAGGCUCAGGUGGUCCUCCAGGGGAAGUCUAGGAGUGUGAUCAUCCGGGAGCUCCAGAGGACCAACCUGGAUGUCAACCUGGCCGUUAACAACCUGCUGAGCAGAGACGAUGAGGACGGGGACGAUGGAGAUGACACAGCCAGCGAGUCCUACCUCCCUGGAGGUACAACUUUAUUUCACCUUCAAUUAUAUUCUACAUCUUGAUCUCUUUAAGAUCAUCUCUUUUGCGAGAAAGACUCAACAUAGCAGCCUUGUAUGAAAGAGCAGAGGGCUCUCAAACAGCUUGGUCUGGUUUAACGGGGUUAUGUGAAAGCGUUCUCCAGAACUAAGUUUUGUAUAGUUAGUUGGUAUUUGUGAUUUGCUACAUUUGUGGAACCAAUGGAGUAGUCCCCAAAAUUCUAAAUGCAAACUUGUUUAUUAACCCAUGGGUUUGACCCUUGUCUGAUGGGACAGCAAUAGUCAUGUAAUAAACAUCCCUCUCUUUUGUGUUGGAUCUUACAGAGGACCUGAUGUCUCUGCUGGAUGCUGACAUCCACUCAGCCCACCCCAGUGUCAUCAUCGACGCUGACGCCAUGUUCUCUGAGGACAUCAGCUACUUUCGGCUACCCCUCCUUCAGACGCUCCUCCCUGUCCCGCCUGGGCUCCUCGCGAGGUAACUGACCAACCCUGACACUCAGAGCUGCUGCCCAGGGACCGUUGUCCUCUUCUGUAGUCAGGAGGUGGAGAUUGAAAUCAUAUUUCUCUUCCUAAAUAGUAGUAGUGGAAUUAGUAGUAACAAGUUACAUUAUCUGUUACCUAAAUGGAUGUAGGAUUACUUUUCACCAUACAUAGUAUAUGCUUUUAGUUCCCUGAUAGUUGAGGUAUGCCGUUAGUCAAUACUAGUCUUUCCUCUUCAACCUGUCGGCAAAGCCCACGUGGAUGUGUUGUUGUGGAUGUGUGUUGUGGGUGUGUGUUGUUGAUGUGUGUGUGGUGUCAGUAGUGUGUUUUCAGGGUGCUGCAUGGCCAUAAUACCUGUUCUUCAGUGAGCCCUCUGAGAAAGGCCCGCUAGACCCUGUCAUAUAACAGGCACCUCUCUCUACUGCAGCCCUAUGCUGUAGGAAAAACCCUCUCCCACAUAAUGCAUGUCUAGCGCUAAUCUAUCCUGAUCUGUCCUCCUACCUCACAUUUCCACAUGUGAGCGUGCAGACACCACUAUUAACUAACUUUCACAUUUUUACUGCCAAAACCCGUUUUAUUUGCAUAAUUAUAAAACAAAUCUCUUUAAUUUGUUGACGGGUCUUCCCCAGAGAGUGGCUUACUUUUAUCCCGCUGGUGUGACCCCAUUGCCAUACCAGUUCUCCUUCUUCCCUUAGAGCGCGACUCAGAGCUGUUGCGUGAGCGCGAGUCUGUGUUGAGGUUGCGGGAGCGGAGGUGGCUGGAUGGGGCCUCGUUUGACACGGAGAGGGGCUCCACCAGCCGCGAGGGGGAGCCCAGCCUGGACAAGAAGAACAUACCCGUCCAGAGCCCUGUCUCUCUGGGCGAGGAGCUGCAGUGGUGGCCUGAUAAGGUGGGCGUCGCUGGGAGGAUAGGGACAUUGAUUGGUUGAUGGAAUAAUUUGAUUAAUGGGAAGGUCCACUCUUUUUGUUUUUCAUAUAUUCAGAUGUGAUGUCAAUAAAGCUUGUUCAGGGAAAAUGACAGUAUUCAUUUAUCACAUUAAUGGAUUUCCCACUUGGUUUAUUUAUAUCAAUAUGUUUUAAUAGUUUUCGCUAGGUCUAUAUCCUCAAUAUUGCUUUGAGUUAAUAUGCACAGAUCAGAUUAGCACAUUUUUCUAAUGUAAUGUUUCUGUUGGUGUUUUGGUCCAGGAUGGUGUGAAGUUUGUGAGCAUCGGGUCCUUGUUCUCUGAGCUGGUGGCAGUGAGCUCUAAGGGGGAACUCUACCAGUGGAAGUGGAGUGAACCAGAACCAUACAGAAACACACAGGUAAACAACAAUACUGUACAACAAGCCAACAGGACAUGAACAAUGAAGGAUUCAGCAGCAGCAUUUAUCAAAUAGAAUUCAAAUUAUGUAUUAGAGACCAAUGCUGUACAGUAAGAACACUAACUCCUCCUGAGGACUACUUUGCAAAUAAGUGCUUUCAUUCAAAUACACAUUUUAUUUGCAACCUCACCCCAUAUAGUAAUCAUCAACUCUCCUCCAAUCAGAACCCUUCUAUCCGCCACCCCCGGGUGUCCUUCCUGGGCUUGACCAAUGAGAAGAUCACCCUGCUGUCUGCUAACAGCAUCAGAGCCACCGUGGCCACAGAGACCAACAAGGUGGCGACCUGGAUGGAUGACACCCUGAGCAGCGUGGCGUCCAAGCUGGAACACAGUGCCCAGACCUACCCUGAGCUUCAGGGGGAGCGCAUCGUGUCUCUGCACUGCUGUGCCCUCUUCACCUGCGCCCAGCUGGAGAGCAGCCUGUACUGGUGGUGAGUUGGAGUACUUAAUCCUCUCCUCUAUGGGCGGUGGCACACCUGGGUUCAAAUGGUAUUUGUUUUUCUUGAAAUGGUUUGAGCGUUUGAUUGAACUUUCCUGAAGUGCCAGAUUGGCUGGAUUUGCACAGGGAUUGUGCCAAGCAAGCGCAAUCAAGUGCAGCUAAAGUAUUUGAAAGAAAACAAAUACUAGUUGAACUCGGGCAGUGGCUGGCCAGAGGCCCUCGCUCUACUCAAAUGUCCAGUCCAAAUGUAGAACUCGGCCCUUGAGAGAUUUAUGCAUACAAGAAGAUUAGGUUGGAGGAUAGUGGUUUAUGUUUUGAAAUGUCUCCUUAGGGGUGUUGUGCCUUUUAGUCAACGGAAAAAGAUGCUUGAAAAGGCUAGAGCCAAGAACAAGAAGCCAAAGUCCAGUGCCGGCAUCUCCUCAAUACCCAACAUCACUGUGGGAACGCAGGUGAGAUAACAUAACAACAUAACAUAAAACCAAGACUAUGGGAGCAUUAGAACCCUGUGUAUAAAUGUUCCUUUCUUUUUCCUGAAAUGUGUUUGUUCUCUGCACCUGUGAAUCCGAUUGGAUGUCUGUUGCGUACACUCGUACACUGCUUUUGAACGAAUGUGAACAGGUGUUUGUGUCCUCUCUCCAGGUGUGCCUGAGGAAUAACCCCCUCUACCACGCCGGUGCCGUGGCGUUUUCUGUCAACGCUGGGAUCCCCAAGGUGGGACUGCUCCUCGAGUCUGUCUGGAACAUGAAUGACAGCUGCAGGUUCCAGCUGCGAUCGCCAGAGAGCCUCAAGAACAUGGACAAGACCACCAAGACCCAGGAGAUCAAGUGAGUUAGCUUCCAAUUUAGAGAGCAGUUGGACUCAAUUCGCUCCCUGACCCUUUCCCUGGACCCUAACCCUUCUAUGUCUGCAUAUUUGCAAAUAUUAAAGGGUUAGGCCCAACGGGAAGGGGUAGGGAGUGAAUUGGGACAGAUGUUCCCUUUUAAGGCACUCUAAAUCAAUGGCCCUCGUCUUAAACACUCAUGAACUCAAUCCUACACAUUCUCUCCUUAGAACGGAGAGCAAGCCGGAGUUGGUAAAGACUGAGAUGGGGCCCCCUCCCUCCCCGGCCUCCACCUGCAGUGACACCUCCUCCAUUGCUAGCAGUGCCUCGCUGCCCUACAGUACGUCACAUUACUAGCUACUAUACUAACCACCUCUCUCUAAUAUUGCCAUGACUCAUUUGCCUUUGAAACGGAUGGUGUGGCAAUUGCAGGUCUCUUUUUGUUGUUGCUGCUAGCAGUUUGUUUGUCUCUAGUUGAUGUAUCUGAUAAUGAAAUCUGCUGUAUCUGCUUACGAGACCUGGUUUAAAUACUUUUGUCAAAUGCUUGUGCUGCGCAUGAUUUAGCUUGCCUGGUACAAUUGAACCCCAAUAGAAUAGUCCUAAAAGUGCAAACCCUGCCCACCUUGCACAGCGGACAAGCUAAAUCAAGCGCACCUCGGGAAUUUGACAUGUUUAUUAUCUCUGGUCUGGUGUUGUAUGAAUAUCCUAACGUGUUGUGUGCCAUUACAGAACGAAGACGCUCAACCCCGGCUCCCAAAGAGGAGGAGAAGGUGAACGAGGAGCAGUGGCCUCUUCGGGAAGUGGUGUUUGUGGAGGAUGUUAAAAAUGUCCCUGUGGGAAAGGUGGGUGCGGCUACAGGAAGGGACCAGACCCUAACUCUCUCUGGCAGACGGGGGGAUAGACACCAUUGUUUUGUUUUGAUUAACAUUGUGUAAAAUAUUUAGAUUGAUGACAUAUUUAAUAGUUAUUUCUAAAACCUUCUAGUCUAUAAUUCUCAGUAAUUUUUUUUAUUAAAUAUUUGUUUUCAUUUACAUGUAAAGACAUGCCUAAGAGCAGAACUCAAAGCAGUAGUAUCAUGUUUUGUAUCCUGUGGUUUGUCUGUUGUAUUAUUGUGGUGUCUUCACGACGGUCCUAUUUGCAACAGCUCCAUCUUUUAACUUCAGGUGCUAAAAGUGGAUGGUGCGUAUGUAGCUGUGAAGUUUCCAGGGACGUCAAGCAGCGUGAGCACACAGCCGAGUCAGCCUAGUGCUGCAGCUCCCAUAACUGACUCUGACCCCUCCUCACUGCUGCAGGACUGUAGGCUGCUCAGAAUAGAUGAGUUACAGGUACGACUACUAGAUCCUCACUUACACUCACAUACUUAGAAAACAUUAUAGUGUAGUUAUUAUUACUCACAUACAAAUGUGUAUUUUCAGUGAUGGAUUAAUAAUGUUUUCAAUUAUUUAAUUAAUCUAUCUGUCAUUGUAGUAUUACGUUUGUACGAAGUAGCUGUUGUAUAAAUGUUGGUUGUCUAAAAACUGGUGCCCAUUUCAUUUUUUCAAAAGGUGGUAAAAACUGGUGGAACACCUAAAGUUCCAGAUUGCUUCCAGCGCACACCUAAAAAACUCUGCAUCCCAGAGAAAGCUGAGAUUCUGGCUGUGAAUGUUGACUCCAAAGGUAAGAAGACAUUAGCAUAGUAGCAUAACAAUGCAAUGUGGUAAUUUAUGUUUGUGCCGAUAAUGUAGUAUUGAGUGUUUAAGUGUAGAUAUGAAUGAAUUCUGUGUGUAUUUCUGACUUGCUGUGUUGUCUGCCCCUUCAGGAGUCCACGCAGUGCUGAAGACGGGUAACUGGGUGAGGUACUGUAUCUUUGACCUGGCCACAGGCAAAGCAGAGCAGGAGAAUAACUUCCCCACCAGUAACCUAGCCUUCCUGGGGCAGAGUGAACGCAACGUGGCCAUCUUCACCGCAGGACAGGUCAGCACCUCUCCGCUACUCAAUACAACCUUUUCUAAUAUAGCCAUGCUUCAUGUAUUGCGAAAAGUUUGCUUAGGCAAUCGCAUAUCCAACAAUUUCCUCAGGUACACAUUACAGAAGCUGUCAUAUGAUUAGAAACACAUUCAGUCUGUUCUAUGGUCCUGAAGAGUUUAUUGAACAUUUUGACCGAAUGGAAUAAACUAUAUGGAAGCAUGUAGAACAAUGUGCAGGUGUUUCUAUUCUCAUAUGCUUUAUGUACUGUAGAGGGAGGAAGCACAUUUUGACUUUCAUCAUUUAAUUUCCAGGACUCUCCAGUCAUCCUUCGGGAUGGGAACGGCACAAUUUACCCAAUGGCCAAAGACUGUAUGGGUGGGAUCCGAGACCCUGAGUGGUUGGACCUGCCGCCCAUCGCCAGCCUGGGCAUGGGGGUGCACUCCCUGGCCAACCUCCCCACCAACUCCACCAUCAAGAAGAAAGCUGCUAUUAUCAUAUUGGCUGUGGAGGUUAGCAAAAUGUGAUUAUUUAUAGCUCAAAGGGGAUUAUUUAUUUGAUGGUCAAUUUGUUACUGGGAUGAUCAUAACUUUCGCAGGUUUCCCUAGAUUGAGUUUACUUCUGGACAACAAAAAAACAUGCUCAAUAUAGGAUCUACAUUGAAAGUGCUUUUUAGCCCAGGAAAAGGCUGUUUUUAACCCAAGAAACUGUCCGUUAUUGUAUUCCGUUGUUGACUAAAUGCUUUUGUAUUUUGUAUGUUUUUAUUCCUGCUGUAAGUGUAUGGAGACGCUGUGCUGAUGCGCUUUAAAUAACAUUGUUCGACUUGUGUUUCCAGAAGCAGACGUUGAUGCAGCACGUGCUGCGUUGUGACUUUGAGGCCUGUCGUCAGUACCUGGUGAACCUGGAGCAGGCUGUUCUCCUGGAGCAGAGUCCCCACGUCCUCCACUCCUUCCUGGGCCACCGCUGCGACGGCAACCGCAACAUCCUCCACGCCUGCGUCUCCGUCUGCUUCCCCGUCAGCAACAAGGAGACCAAGGAGGAGGAAGGUAAACCAGGGCCAGAGUGCUGGGUGGUGUAUACAGCGAGAUGAAACGUUGCAGAUGGAAAUCAAACUAAUUGAGUUAACUGGAUUCCCUGUUUACCUGACACACAAUCAUCUGUUCAACACAAUAUAUUCCAAUCUGAAUGUUCUGUGAGGUUGCACCAGCGUCAAGACUCUUAGUCUCAGAAGGCACAGUGUCAGUUUUGAGCCAUCCUCUGUUUUAUCUUUCCCAUCUCCCGUUUGACUUCCAUUAUUUCACCAUUCUCCAUCUCCCUGUGUAUGUAUGGUAACUGUUGGACUGGUGUUUUCCAGAAGCUGAACGGUCUGAGAGGAAUACGUUUGCAGAGAGACUGUCAGCAGUGGAGGCCAUUGCCAACGCUAUCUCUGUGGUGUCUAGCAACAGCUCUGGGAACAGGACCGGCUCUUCUAGCAGCAGAGGGUAACUAACUUAUACAAAUCUAAGUCUACUGUUUUUAAGUUGACUAUUUUCUUUCAGGGUACAUGUUCACGAUGAAAAACACUAAAGAACUGGAUUAUACUAACUGAUAUUUCCAUAAUGCACAAGAAGUGAAAUAAUUUGACUGAGCCUAUUGGCAUUUCUUUUCAUUCUUAGAAAUCUGUCAGAAUUCCUGUCAGGAUGCCAUUUAAGACACUUGACACCAAGAACAAUAUCUUGGUGCCUGUUUAUGUCUACAUGUCAGUCCCAUUGUGUCUUUCCACCACUCAUGCUAACCUGUUAUGUGUGUUCUGUCUGGCGCAGGCUGCGUCUGAGGGAGAUGAUGAGGCGUUCUCUGAGAGCAGCGGGGCUUGGCCGUCACGAGUCUGGCCCCUCCUCCAGCGAUCACCAGGACCCCGUGUCCCCUCCCAUCGCCCCACCCAGCUGGGUGCCCGACCCCCCUCCCAUGGACCCAGACGGUGACAUAGACUUCAUCCUGGCCCCUGCAGUGGGAUCUCUCACCACAGCCUCUACAGGGACCAGCCAGGGCCCCAGCACCUCCACUAUACCAGGUCGGAUACCUAGCUAGAUACAGUGAGGGAAAAAAGUAUUUGAUCUGCUGCUGAUUUUGUACGUUUGCCCACUGACAGACAUGAUCAGUCUAUAAUUUUAAUGGUAGGUUUAUUUGAACAGUGAGAGACAGAAUAACAACAACAAAAUCCAGAAAAACGCAUGUCAAAAAUCGUAUAAAUUGAAUUGCAUUUUAAUGAGGGAAAUAAGUAUUUGACCCCUCUGCUAAACAUGACUUAAUACUUGGUUGCAAAACCCUUGUUGGCAAUCAGAGGUCAGACGUUUCUUGUAGUUGGCCACCAGGUUUGCACACAUCUCAGGAGGGAUUUUGUCCCACUCCUCUUUGCAGAUCUUCUCCAAGUCAUUAGGGUUUCGAGGCUGACGUUUGGCAACUCGAACCUUCAGCUCCCUCCACAGAUUUUCUAUGGGAUUAAGGUCUGGAGACUGGCUAAGCCACUCCUGGACCUUAAUGUGCUUCUUCUUGAGCCACUCCUUUGUUGCCUUGGCCGUGUGUUUUGGGUCACUGUCAUGCUGGAAUACCCAUCCACGACCCAUUUUCAAUGCCCUGGCUGAGGGAAGGAGGUUCUCACCCAAGAUUUGACGGUACAUGGCCCCGUCCAUCGUCCCUUUGAUGCGGUUAAGUUGUCCUGUCCCCUUAGCAGAAAAACACCCCCAAAGCAUAAUGUUUCCACCUCCAUGUUUGAUGGUGGGGAUGGUGUUCUUGGAGUCAUAGGCAGCAUUCCUCCUCCUCCAAACACGGCGAGUUGAGUAGAUGCCAAAGAGCUCGAUUUUGGUCUCAUCUGAUAACAACACUUUCACCCAGUUCUCCUCUGAAUCAUUCAGAUGUUCAUUGGCAAACUUCAGACGGGCCUGUAUAUGUGCUUUCUUGAGCAGGGGGACCUUGCGGGCGCUGCAGGAUUUCAGUCCUUCACGGCGUAGUUGAGACUCCUGAGUGGCGCAGUGGUCUAAGGCACUGCAUCGCAGUGCUAACUGUGCCACUAGAUCCUGGUUCGAAUCCAGGCUCUGUCGCAGCCGGCCGCGACCGGGAGACUCAUGGGCGGCGCACAAUUGGCCCAGCGUCGUCCAGGGUAGGGGAGGGAAUGGCCGGCAGGGAUGUAGCUCAGUUGAUAGAGCAUGGCGUUUGCAACGCCAGGGUUGUGGGUUCGAUUCCCACGGGGGGCCAGUAUAAAAAAAAUAUAUGUAUUCACUAACUGUAAGUCGCUCUGGAUAAGAGCGUCUGCUAAAAUGACUAAAAUGUAAAAAUGUAAAUGUGUGUUACCAUCUGUUUUCUUGGUGACUAUGGUCCCAGCUGCCUUGAGAUCAUUGACAAGAUCCUCCCGUGUAGUUCUGGGCUGCUUCCUCACCGUUCUCAUGAUCAUUGCAACUCCACGAGGUGAGAUCUUGCAUGGAGCCCCAGGCCGAGGGAGAUUGACAGUUAUUUUGUGUUUCUUCCAUUUGUGAAUAAUCGCACCAACUGUUGUCACCUUCUCACCAAGCUGCUUGGCGAUGGUCUUGUAGCCCAUUCCAGCCUUGUGUAGGUCUACAAUCUUGUCCCUGGCAUCCUUGGAGAGCUCUUUGGUCUUGGCCAUGGUGGAGAGUUUGGAAUCUGAUUGAUUGAUUGCUUCUGUGGACAGGUCUUUUUAUACAGGUAACAAGCUGAGAUUAGGAGCACUCCCUUUAAGAGUGUGCUCCUAAUCUCAGCUCAUUACCUGUAUAAAAGACACCUGGGAGCCAGAAAUCUUUCUGAUUGAGAGGGGGUCAAAUAUUUAUUUCCCUCAUUAAAAUGCAAAUCAAUUUAUAACAUUUUUGACAUGCGUUUUUCUGGAUUUUGUUGUUGUUAUUCUGUCUCUCACUGUUCAAAUAAACCUACCAUUAAAAUUAUAGACUGAUCAUUUCUUUGUCAGUGGGCAAACGUACAAAAUCAGCAGGGGAUCAAAUACUUUUUUCCCUCACUGUAACUCAUUCCUCAACAUACAACCACACCUAGCUAGCUACUCCACCACUAUCCCAGGUCAGAUACCUAGCCUGUGUGGUACUAAAUGUCACCCAAUUCCCUGUUUAGAACACUACUUAUGGCCAGAGCCUGUAUAUAAGGAAUAGGGUGCCAUUUGGAACAAACCAAUAGCUAGCUACUUCCUCACCAUACAGCCAUACAUGCUCAGAUGUGAAGUUAGUGUUUGGGUUACCCUAUUGUUGUUCCCGAACUCUCUCAAUGUCUCUAAUGACCUGUUCCAUCCCUGUUUCUCCUCCUGCCCCAGGCCCCUCCUCUGAGCCUUCGGUGGUGGAGUCUAAAGACCGCAAGGCCAACGCCCACCUCAUCCUCAAACUGAUGUGUGACAGCAUGGUUCUCAGGCCACACCUCCGCGAGCUGCUCUCCGCUAAGUAAAGGCUCAUUGUUUUUUCUUCUUUCUUUAAAAAAAAAAAAGGAGCGUUCCAUUCUGCUUUUGUAUUUUAUUGUUUAUGAUAGAGGCAGGUGUGAUUGAAGGGGAGAUUGAGAGUUGAGAAGGCCAGUGGGUCUGGUCAAGCCUUUUAAUUUUAUAACACAGUAAUGCCUUGUUUCAUUAAAAUACUGAACUGAACUAUUGCUCAAAAGGUGCUUUCUCUUGAUAUUUGUCCCCCCCACCUUUUUGUUGCUGUUCUAAAGUGUGUGUGUUUGACAGGGAUGCCCGUGGAAUGACCCCGUUCAUGCUGGCAGUCAGUGGGAGAGCUUACCCAGCUGCCAUCACUGUUCUGGAGGCUGCGCAGAAAAUGGCCAAGGGUACGUCACUCACUACACUCAGUUCAUAGAUCUUUGGUUGAGAAAGAGGAGACUAUUUGGCAGCGCUACUAAUGGAUGAGAAUGCUGACAUGUUGAUGUAAAGCCAUCUGAAGUCAUUCAUCUAUACAUAAAGUGAUUAUACAUGUACUGUGUUUAAAUUGGGAGAGAACAGAAUUGUUUUAAUGGGGAGACACUACCUAAACUUUAUGCCUAAUAAAAACCCAGAUUUUAAUGUUCCGUUGCAAAACCUGUUUGUGUUGUGUAGUGGGAGACCCUGGCAUGACGGAGAAGGUGAAUGCAGAGACUGUGUUCAUGGAGAUGAUCUGUCCCUCGGGGACCAACCCUGACGACUCUCCUCUCUACGUCCUCUGCUGCAAUGACACCUGCAGUUUCACCUGGACAGGAGCUGAACACAUCAACCAGGUGAGAGAGACACACACACACACACACACACACCAGGUGGGUCUCUUGGGAGGACAAUGCAACGCGCACAACAAAUUAGUCAGCCGUUCACACUGGUUUGCUUUUUCACAGAUUGGAAUCUUUGCUGACCAUUUACUCUUGUGUCCCAACUAGGAUAUCUUUGAGUGCCGGACCUGCGGCCUGUUGGAGUCUCUCUGCUGCUGCACUGAGUGUGCCAGGGUGUGUCACAAAGGACACGACUGCAAGUAUGUACUUCACUCUCCGUUCUGGUGUCCUGUGUUAGUGGAUUUUCUUACUUAUAUCCCGGUUUUAUAAUGUAAUGCAAUACUGGCACUGAUACCUGUGAUUUGCAACAGGCCUUUACAGUAAACGUUAAUGUCUUUCUCCCCAGACUCAAGAGGACCUCUCCCACUGCGUACUGUGACUGCUGGGAGAAGUGUAAGUGUAAGACGCUGAUCGCUGGACAGAAAGCUGCUCGCCUGGACCUUCUCUACAGACUGCUCACCACCACUAACCUGGUCACCAGCCCUAACAGCCGGUAAACACACACACCGACUGACUGUAGGCUGUAUUUUGUGUUCUUUGCUAACACGUAUUGUUUUUAAAUCCAAUGUUGGUUCUCUUCAUUCAAUCUGUAAGGCGUCAUACCAUUGUAUAUUUUCGGGGGCUUUAGUAAUGUGUUUUUCCUCUUCUCUCUGGCUGGCCAACAGGGGGGAGCAUAUCCUUCUGUUCCUGGUGCAGACUGUUGCUAGGCAGAGUGUGGAGCACUGCCAGUACCGGCCCCCUCGCAUCCGAGAGGACAGGAACCGCAAGGCUGCCAAUGCUGAAGGUGGGUGGAGGUUUACUACUGUUGUCAGGCCUGGUUUCACCUCUAGCAACACUGAUACUCUUAGCACGAUGGCUCAAUGUUUAUUUUCAUUCACAUCAAUUCUCUAUUCUAAGAGACAAUUCUAAUAGUUUUUUUAUGUUGUCCCUCCUGUGUGUCAGACUCUGACAUGCCGGACCAUGACCUGGAGCCUCCUCGCUUCGCCCAGCUGGCCCUGGAGAGGGUGCUACAGGACUGGAACGCUCUCAAGUCCAUGAUCAUGUUCGGAUCCCAGGAGAAUAAAGACCCGUGAGUAGCCCUGCCUGCCUUCACCAGCUCAGUGUCACCUAUCAAACCUCUCUCUGUCCAUCCCUCCUACCUCUCUCUGUCCAUCCCACCAUUACCAUAACUAUUUUAGACAGCUGAAGCAAGCACACACAUUUUCUUCAGGAAAUGUACCUUAUCGGGUGAGCAGCUGUUUUUAACUCUGGCGUCCUGGUUGUGUUGUUUUUCCAGGCUGAGUGCCAGCAGCCGUAUCGCCCAUCUCCUUCCAGAGGAGCAGGUGUACCUGAACCAGCAGAGUGGCACCAUCCGCCUGGACUGCUUCACACACUGCCUCAUCGUCAAGUGUGCCCCUGACAUUACAGUAAGUCGGGUCAGUCUAGUCACCCCCCCCCCCCCCCCCCCUUAAAUUACUCAGAGCUUCUGGAUUCAGUCAACCACAGUUGGAACACCUAGAGGACACACUGCCUAUCUUCUGUUGCAAGUACUCUGUCUGGGUCGGUUUCUCAGACACAGAUAAAGCCUAGUCCUGGACUAAAAACCUAUUUCAAUAAGAAUUUCCAUUUCAUUUGGGUCAGAGAACCUUGCCCAGAGGGUACACCACCUAUCUAUGUGGCAAGUACAACAUAAUCCCUCUAGGUGUUAUAAGUAUGUAGAGUCAACCUUGAAGGUGGUCCGUUCCGUGUGUGUUAGCUAACCGUCUCUGGAUCUUCUCUGUCUGCUGUAGUUUAUUGACACCCUGCUGGGGACCUUGGUGAAGGAACUGCAGAACAAGUACACUCCUGGCCGGAGAGAGGAGGCCAUCGUCGUCACCAGGAGGUUCCUGCGCUCCGUGGCCAGGGUGUUUGUCAUCCUCAGCGUCGAGAUGGCCUCGUCCAAAAAGAAAAAGUAUGAGUGCCAAAUCCAGAUUGAUCUCCAUUUUCCUGUUGUACUGGGCUAGUCCUUUAGUGGAUUUAAACAUAGCUUUUAUAUGUCUUGUGCUGCUCCUAACUCCUAGGUGAAUAGAAACAUAGCAACAGGACUGAUUGGUACUACCAGUUGUGUACAUCUAAUCUCCUUUGUCUUUGUUCCAGUAACUUCAUCCCCCAGCCCAUUGGGAAGUGCAGGCGUGUCUUCCAGGCCCUGCUGCCCUAUGCGGUGGAGGAGCUGUGUAACGUGGCAGAGUCCCUCAUCGUGCCUGUGAGGAUGGGCAUCGCCCGGCCCACCGCCCCCUUCACCCUGGCCAGCACCAGCAUUGAUGCCGUGCAGGGAAGUGAGGAACUCUUCUCUGUGGAACCCUUGCCACCGAGACCCUCCCCAGACCAGUCCAGCAAGUGAGUGGUUUUACUCUGCGUUCGCACAGACCGACAUGCAGACCGUGUUCCCCAGCUCUGUUGAUUUGGAGGUCUUUGUGACCUGCCUCUGGGAAAAUGUAAUCUAGGGUAACACUUCUGCCAUGUAUAAAUUGGUUUAAAGGGGCUUGGAUUUAAACAUGGGCAUUGUUAACUCAAAUGGUCUUGCUUGCCUGUGUGUGUGUCAGUCCUAGUCAGACUGCGUCGUCCUACAUCAUCAGGAACCCCCAGCCUCGCCGCAGCAGCCAGUCCCAGCCGGUCAGAGGAGGGAGAGACGAGGAACAGGAUGACAUUGUGUCUGCUGACGUUGAAGAGGUGAAGAGUCUCACUAGAACAGUAACAUUUCAAUGGGGGGCAAAGAUCAAAGUGUUGGGUGUAAUCAGGGUUGCUGUCAGUUUAAUUGGAAUUUCAGUUUACUUCCGAAAUUGAAAUGGAAUUUAGCCCAACGCUUGAUGUCCUGUGCUUUCUCUGUACUGAUUCCCAUUUGUCUACCUGUGGCAGGUGGAGGUUGUCGAGGGCGUUGCCGGGGAGGAGGAUCACCAUGAAGACCAGGAGGAACAGGGAGAGGAGAACGCGGAGGCAGAGGGACAGCAUGAUGAACAUGAUGAGGAUGGUAAGAGACUGGACUGACGCCAUCUUUUUUUCUACCACUGAUGUGUUUAGAAUGAAGCACAUUUUGGAAUCUUACUACAAAUGAUUGACUGUGAUGAUGCCUAUGAUGACGAUGAUGAUGGCGUUUGAAGAGGGUGAUGUCCUUUCCUCUCUAGGAAGCGACAUGGAGUUGGAUCUGCUGGCUGCCGCAGAGACCGAGAGUGACAGCGAGAGUAACCAUAGCAACCAGGACAAUGCCAGCGGGCGGAGGAGUGUUGUCACCGCAGCAACUGCCGGCUCCGAAGCAGGUAUUAUAAUUCACACCAUUGUCUUUUGUUUUCACAUUUUAGAUGAAGUCAUUUUAAUUGAAUUGAAAUCCCUGGUUUAAUUUCCUCUGGGAUGUGGCCACUGGCCAGCCACCCUUAUUAAUGACCUAAUUUAACGAUCCUGCCUGAGUUCUGGAGACUGCUAAAUGGAUAUUGCUUUCUGCCUCACCAUCCUCUUUAAAUAUCCAGUUGCUGUUCAGGCUGACUAAUUAUUUGUCUUGUCACAUUAUCACCAGUCUUGACUGGCCAUCACACCAGCCAGUAAAAGGGAAGAGGCCCUUUUUUUGUUUAUCAAAAGUUCCUUUUAGGUCACAUUGAUGUUCUUACCGCUGUUGACCACAUGGCUUAAGACUGCAGACAAACUAGUCUACUACUAAGGCUCAAUAAUCCAUGAGUAUCAUUACUCAAUACUCAAUGUAUUUCAUUUGCAGGAAGUAGAAUGUCCCUGGCUUUUCAAAAUGUUGGUAUGGGCUUCUUUUUACUACAAUGCAUAAUAUAUCAGGGCUAGAGUGACCUUUUUGAGAUGCACACAUAGCUUAUCCUAAGGAGUUCUCCCUGUAUUCUCUCCAUCUCACAUAUCACCAUGGUUCUCAUCACCUAAUAAUAUCAUACUCACAAGUCUAACAGUCUUCUUGGUGUUUCCCCUUGAAUAACAAACUCCAUUUUGCCUUUUUGUUCUUUGUUUGUGGUUGUAAUUGCGUUUGAGAUGGCAAAGUCAGGAAAGAUGUAUAUUUACGGUGUCUUUUCCCCUCAGACACUACUAUGAUCACAAAAAAAUAAGACAAACAAUAGAAAUAAGAACUCAUCAUGAUGGAACCAAUGCCCUGUGCCCAGUAUUUCAGAAAGUGAUCGAUCUGGAUUUAGCCUAUCGGAUAGGAUUAAAUGCAUAGCUGGAAAUGGAAUGAAUAGAACGGGAGUCCCCAUUUCAAGUUAGUAUGUUAAAUUCAUUCUAUUUCUAUGCAUGAAAACCAGAUGGAUAACUUUUGAAAAACUGGACCCUGGUGUAACUGGGGUACUUUAGCCUAAUUUGAACAUCAAGAAGCACCACAACGGUGCUUCUUGAUGUUCAAAUUAGGCUAAAGUACUGAGUUUAGCCGCUCAAUGUAGCAUGGUAGCUAGCUAGCAGUGGUGAUAUCUGGUCUUGUGGUGGUUUGGAACACUAACCUGCUACCUGGCAAGGUGAGCAGCCGCCCACACUAAUCUCUCCUCUGUUUCCCCGUCCCCCUCCUCUUCCUCCUCCAAGGUGCCAGCAGUGUUCCUGCCUUCUUUUCAGAGGACGACUCCCAGUCCAACGACUCAAGCGACUCGGACAGCAGCAGCAGCCAGAGCGACGACGUGGAUCAGGAGACCUUCCUAUUGGACGAGCCCUUGGAGAGGACCACCACCGCCUCGCACGCCAACAGUGCUGCCCAGGCGCCACGCUCCAUGCAGUGGGCCGUACGCAACACCCCCAGCCAGAGAGCAACGGGCAGCGCCCCCUCCAGCUCGUCCACCCCUGCUGGUCAGUACUAAUACUAAUAAUACUACUACUACUACUACUACUACUACUACUACUACUACUACUACCACCACACACACACUAGGCCGUAUGCAACAUUUCUCGCAUAUUAACACAUCCAAGAUAGACUGCUUUUAGAACAGUCUUGCAAUUACUUUUUUAAAUGUAAUUUGACUGUCAUUCUACCGCAAGAGCAUAUUGGACUGAGUCAGUGGGAAGCGUUUUCGUGUGAUGAUCUGCUGGGGACUAUGUUGGUGAGGUCUGUCUGUGCUGACGGUCAUCUGUCUGUGCCCUGCAGCGAGCUCCACAGGUCUGAUCUACAUCGACCCGUCCAAUCUGCGGCGUAGCAGCGCCAUCAGCACCAGCGCCGCCGCUGCGGCUGCAGCCCUGGAGGCCUCCAACUCGUCCAGCUACCUGACAUCAGCCUCCAGCCUGGCACGGGCCUACAGCAUCGUCAUCAGACAGAUCUCUGACCUGAUGAGCCUCAUCCCCAAGUACAACCACCUGGUCUACUCCCAGUACCCUGCUGCAGUCAAACUCACCUACCAGGACGCUGUCAACCUGCAGGUGACAGACACACAGUCCACACACAGGCUGACAGGCAGUUCACGUUGUAUUAUGUUACCUACCAAUGGUCACAUGUUAAAGUGGUUCUGGAAGUAUUUUUCAGCAUGAUUAUUCUGUUAUACCUAUACGAUAAGAAGCCAUACAGACACAUUUCUGAGAUGCAAAUGCUAUUGACUUUUACACUACACAAGUGCUAUUGACGUUCUGACUGAAAUAACCUUAUCUGUGUGUUAAACCACCAGAACUUUGUUGAGGAGAAGCUGAUCCCUACGUGGAACUGGAUGGUGUCCAUCAUGGACUCUACAGAGGCUCAGCUGCGUUACGGCUCGGCCCUGUCCUCAGCGGGCGACCCCGGACACCCCUCCCACCCCCUCCACGCCUCGCAGCACUCCGCCCGCAGGGAGCGUAUGACCGCCCGCGAGGAGGCUAGCCUCCGCACCUUAGAGGGACGCAGGUCUGGGUAAAAUAAGUGUUGUCCAAAUUGGUGUUAACCAAAAUAGUUAUCCAAAGAUGUUAUCCAGUCUUUUCUUCAAUCUGUGCUGACGUGUGUUCCUUCCUUUCUCCCAGGCGUGCGGCCACUCUGCUGACAGUGCGUCAGGGGAUGAUGUCAGCGCGGGGAGACUUCCUGAACUACGCCCUGUCUCUGAUGCGUUCCCAUAACGACGAGCACUCUGACGUUCUGCCCGUGCUGGACGUGUGUUCUCUCAAACACGUGGCCUACGUCUUCCAGGCCCUCAUCUACUGGAUCAAAGCCAUGAACCAGCAGACCACUCUGGACACAACACAGAUGGACCGCAAGAGGUACAGACUCCCCUGGAAUGGUGGACAUGUUUACACACUCUUUCUCAACUGUCUUUUCUCAAUUCCUCCAUGGUUCCUCCCCUCUGACCUUGGCUUCUUCUGCAAUGUUUUUUGCGAAGGAAGUGAGGAUGUGAGGAAUCAAGGAAAGCCUAAUUGAGAAGAAGCCACUGACUCCCCUUAGAAAAUGACCCGCAUGUCACAUAUUCAGUGUGAUUUAACUCUAUUCGUUUAUCCCACAGGAACCGUGAGAUUCUGGAACUGGGACUGGACAAUGAAGAUUCUGAACAUGAGAAUGACGAGGACACCAAUCAAAGUAAGUUCAUCGAAUUAUGAAUGAUAUGCUUUUAUAUUUCUGUGUUCUAUUUGAAGUUUUUUCGUACAGGUUUCUUAACCUCUUAUUUUUCACCUCAGUUUGAUUGAUAGCCAUUUUAAGAGUUUGAGUUACUAGUCCAUUGAUCUGUGGAGCGCUGUUAGGUUGUUUUCUGGUAUUGGAAGGCAGACAAGCCAGAAGAAAGGCAGUUAGGCAGAAACGAGGCAAAAAGAAGAGGGCAACUCCCAAAGGUACGGUUAAGUUCAGAUUAGACAAACAGUUUUGCCCUUUUUGAGUCACUUAAAUCUGACAAACAACACUUAAACGGUUUGCUCAAUAAGCCACCUCAAGUCACUGUUAGUGACUUGUGCUGUGAAAAAGUAUUUGGCCCCUUUCUAAUUUUCUCUACUUUUGCAUAUUUCUGAUACUGAAUGUUAUCAGAUCUUCAACCAAAACCUAAUACAGUGGGGGAAAAAAGUAUUUAGUCAGCCACCAAUUGUGCAAGUUCUCCCACUUAAAAAGAUGAGAGGCCUGUAAUUUUCAUCAUAGGUACAUGUCAACUAUGACAGACAAAUUGAGAAGAAAAAACAUCCAGAAAAUCACAUUGUAGGAUUUUUUAUGAAUUUAUUUGCAAAUUAUAGUGGAAAAUAAGUAUUUGGUCACCUACAAACAAGCAAGAUUUCUGGCUCUCACAGACCUGUAACUUCUUCUUUAAGAGGCUCCUCUGUCCUCCACUCGUUACCUGUAUUAAUGGCACCUGUUUGAACUUGUUAUCGGUAUAAAAGACACCUGUCCACAACCUCAAACAGUCACACUCCAAACUCCACUAUGGCCAAGACCAAAGAGCUGUCAAAGGACACCAGAAACAAAAUUGUAGACCUGCACCAGGCUGGGAAGACUGAAUCUGCAAUAGGUAAGCAGCUUGGUUUGAAGAAAUCAACUGUGGGAGCAAUUAUUAGGAAAUGGAAGACAUACAAGACCACUGAUAAUCUCCUUCGAUCUGGGGCUCCACGCAAGAUCUCACCCCGUGGGGUCAAAAUGAUCACAAGAACGGUGAGCAAAAAUCCCAGAACCACACGGGGGGACCUAGUGAAUGACCUGCAGAGAGCUGGGACCAAAGUAACAAAGCCUACCAUCAGUAACACACUACGCCGCCAGGGACUCAAAUCCUGCAGUGCCAGACGUGUCCCCCUGCUUAAGCCAGUACAUGUCCAGGCCCGUCUGAAGUUUGCUAGAGUGCAUUUGGAUGAUCCAGAAGAGGAUUGGGAGAAUGUCAUAUGGUCAGAUGAAACCAAAAUAUAACUUUUUGGUAAAAACUCAACUCGUCGUGUUUGGAGGACAAAGAAUGCUGAGUUGCAUCGAAAGAACACCCUACCCACUGUGAAGCAUGGGGUGGAAAUCAUGCUUUGGGGUGUUUUUUGCAAAGGGACCAGGACGGACCUUUAAAGGAAAUGAAGGGGGCCCCGAUUUUUGAUCCUCCCCAUAAAAGGGGAAGGAGCGGGGGGUUUCAGGGGACAAAUAUCCCCCCCCCCGGGGGAAAAAAAUUUUUAAAAGGGAAAAAUUUGGUUUUUCCGCCGUCCCAGUUCCCCCAUAGAAAAUUUGGGGGUUUUUAAAAAUGGUUUUCCCCGGGGGGCCCCCCAAAAAUUCCGGGAAAAUUAAGGGGAAAAGGGGGGGAAAAACCCCAAAAAUUUUUUAAAAUUCACAGGUGCGUUGGUAUUCAAGUCCGACUGUGCUGACGUGCGUUCCUUCCUUUCUCCCAGGCGUGCGGCCACUCUGCUGACAGUGCGUCAGGGGAUGAUGUCAGCGCGGGGAGACUUCCUGAACUACGCCCUGUCUCUGAUGCGUUCCCAUAACGACGAGCACUCUGACGUUCUGCCCGUGCUGGACGUGUGUUCUCUCAAACACGUGGCCUACGUCUUCCAGGCCCUCAUCUACUGGAUCAAAGCCAUGAACCAGCAGACCACUCUGGACACAACACAGAUGGACCGCAAGAGGUACAGACUCCCCUGGAAUGGUGGACAUGUUUACACACUCUUUCUCAACUGUCUUUUCUCAAUUCUUCCAUGGUUCCUCUCCUCUGACCUUGGCUUCUUCUGCAAUGUUUUUUGCGAAGGAAGCGAGGAUGUGAGGAAUCAAGGAAAGCCUAAUUGAGAAGGAGCCACUGACUCCCUUAGAAAAUGACCCGCAUGUCACAUAUUCAGUGUGAUUUAACUCUAUUCGUUUAUCCCACAGGAACCGUGAGAUUCUGGAACUGGGACUGGACAAUGAAGAUUCUGAACAUGAGAAUGACGAGGACACCAAUCAAAGUAAGUUCAUCGAAUUAUGAAUGAUAUGCUUUUAUAUUUGUGUGUUCUAUUUGAAGUGUUUUCGUACGGGUUUCUUAACCUCCUUAUUUUUCACCUCAGUUUGAUUGAUAGCCAUUUUAAGAGUUUGAGUUACUAGUCCAUUGAUCUGUGGAGCGCUGUUAGGUUGUUUUCUGGUAUUGGAAGGCAGACAAGCCAGAAGAAAGGCAGUUAGGCAGAAACGAGGCAAAAAGAAGAGGGCAACUCCCAAAGGUACGGUUAAGUUCAGAUUAGACAAACAGUUUUGCCCUUUUUGAGUCACUUAAAUCUGACAAACAACACUUAAACGGUUUGCUCAAUAAGCCACCUUAAGUCACUGUUAGUGAAUCUAUUUGCCCCUUUUCUAAUUUUCUCUACUUUUGCAUAUUUUUUUAUACAUAAUGUUAUCAGAUCUUCAACCAAAACCUAAUAUUAGAUAAAGGGAACCUGAGUGAACAAAUAACACAAUUACAUACUUAUUUUAUAAACAAAGUAAUGCAACACCCAAUGCCCCUGUCUGAAAAAUGUAAUUGCCCCCUUACACUCAAUAACUGGUUGCGCCAUCAUUCGCUGCAAAGACUCCAACCAAACGCUUCCUGUAGUUGUUGAUCAGUCUCUCACAUCAUUGUGGAGGAAUUUUGGCCCACUCUUCCAUGUAGAACUGCUUUAACUCAGCGACAUUUGUGGGUUUUCAUGUAUGAACUGCUCGUUUCAAGUCUUGCCACAACAUCUCAAUUGGAAUUAGGUCUGGACUUUGACUAGGCCAUUCUAAAACUUCAAAUUUGUUGCUUUCUAACAAUUUUCAUGUAGUAUAUAUUUUGGUUAUUUGUAAACUCAGGUUCCCUUUAUCUAAUAUUAGGUUUUGGUUAAAGAUCUGAUAACAUUCAGUAGCAAAAAUAGAGAAAAUCAGAAAGGGGGCAAAUACAUUUUCACGGCACUCUCAACCUUGUUCCUGGAGUAGGUUUUCGCUCCAACCCCAGUUUUAACUAACCUGAUUCAGAUCAUCAACCAGCUAAUUAGGGGAAUCAGGUGCGCUUGAUUAGAGUUGGCUUGAACCUACAGGACGGUAGCUCUCCAGGAACAGGGUUCAAGAGCCCUGAUAUAGGUAAUAGGCAGUUGUUUGCACUAUGUACAGUAGUCUUUGGUCAGUCUUUCCUUGUUGGCCAGUCUUUCCUAGUGGGCCAGUCUUUCCUAGUGGUCUUUUGCAGUGUGGAGAAAUGCAGGGAAGCAGUGCUGACCUCUCUCCCUCUCAGGCUCCAUGCUCCAGGAUAAGGAGGAUGACCCGGUCCCUGCUGAGACGGGACAGAACCACCCGUUCUUCCGGCGCUCUGACUCCAUGACCUUCCUGGGCUGUAUCCCCCCCAACCCCUUCGAGGUCCCCCUGGCCGAGGCCAUCCCCCUGGCAGACCAGCCUCACCUCUUGCAGGUUAGCGCAUUUCUUUAAUUUGCACUGACCGGUAUAGGUCAUUAUCAAUAAAACGUCACAAUACGGUGCAGAGCGUUCGAUUGGCUGCUGGGGGGCAAGGAGACCUCCAGCUGCUCUAAAACCAUUGACAACUAUGUGCAGUUUUAAAGGGAUUGAUAAAUACAUGUUAUAACUAUUUGGUUUUAAUAUCACCUCUUGAAGAGCACAGUCAGAACUACACAUUUCAGAUUAUUCCUCAUGUAGUUCUAUCAUCAGAGUUAUACAGCAAGUAACUGCAUGCUUUUCAUGAUCAGUAAACAUCAAUUGAUCAUGUAUUUUCAGAUACGUAAGGGUAGCCUAUCAUUUGGCAUGUAGCCAGCUAGCUAAGCAAACUGUGUCACUUAGCUUACUUCAUCAGAGGUUAGGCUUUUGGAAACAGCUUGACAUCGGCAAGUCCUCGUCAAGUUGUCAUUCGUACUACUGUCAUCACUACUAUAGAUGGCAAGCAAAUGAAACAAUAUUUGGAUAUAGCCAUCUAGUUUAUCCCCUGAAAGUUAGCUUGUUAACUAGCCAUAUUGACAUGAUCUGUUAUUAGCUAGCUAGCCAAUUUGACGUGGUCCAUAAAUCAAUGUAGCCUAUCAUGUCUGUCAGCAGCAAUCGUGAUUAAACACAAAAAAUGUUGGAAAGGGUUUAAUGUUAGCUAAUUUCACUAAGUAGAUCUACGCUGGUUGGAGAAAAAAAGUACGUUAGUUCUACUUAGCACUAUGUUUAACCAACUGUACAAAGUUUCUACCGGUAGCUUGCAAAGUAAACGUCAUUAUCAGCUAACGAUAGGCUUACAUCAGCAAAUGCGUUGCUUGACAGGCAGAGCCCACAAAGAAUGGGGAAAUGAACCUAAACCACUCAUACUUAUCAGGUAUGGUUAGUUCACUUUUCACUAAAUUAUCAAAUUAAUGGCGGCCAAUAUUGAGAUAUUGUGAGGCUACCCUCACGUAUCUGGAAUUACAUGAUCAAUUGAUGUUUACUGAUCAUGAAAAGCGUGCAGUUACUUGCUGUAUAACUCUGAUGUUAGAACUAGCUAAAUAUGGAAUAAUCUGAAAUGUGAAGUUCUGACUAUGCUCUUCAAGAGGUGAUAUUAAAACCAAAUAGUUUUAAUAACAACAAAUAACAUUUAUUUAACAAUCCCUUGUCAAUGGUGUAGUUGUCAAUGGUUUUAGCAGAGCUGGGAAGUCUCCUUUCACGCCAGCAGGCAAAUAGAAUGCUCUGUACCUUAUUGUGCCAUUUUAUUGAUAACUACCAACAAGAGAAAUUCUAUUAACAAAGUGGAAUUAAAGUGACGUGCAGUCGUAAUGGGCUCACAAAACAGCCUCUUCUGUACAUACAGCCUCUUCUGUACAAUCCUUAAUGCGGUGUUAAGACAGUAAUUAUGUUAACACAGCUAUAGAGCUUCUUUGCCUCCUUAUACCUUUAUGGGGCAAGCAGUGCAAUAUACUCUAGAAGUCAAUAAGUCCACCACUACUAAUAAGUUGCUCAUCUCUGUUUUUUGUUUGUUACAAUAAUAUGACACUGCAACUUAUUUUAUUUUUUUCUACCUCCCAGCCCAAUGCAAGGAAGGAGGAUCUGUUUGGCCGUCCUAGUCAGGGCCUGUACUCGUCCUCGUACACAGCAAGCAAAGGCCUGGCCGAGGCCACCCUGGACCGCAGCUGCCUGGAGGUUAACAUGGGAUCCUCUCAGGUAUACAUAAUGCAACGCAACGCACUGCCCGCCCUGACAACACACCGGCCCUGCGCCAAUACUCUUAUCAUGCACCCUUCCUUUAUCCCUCGUCCCUUCAAUCAACAUGCAUCCUUCCCUCAUCUCCCGUUCCCUCCUUUCUUGAAAUAAUCACUGGUCUGACAUGACUGGAUUGGUGAAAGCAACGCAAUGGAAACUGGAAAGCUUGCUUACGCCAAUCUAUGUUAGGUCAGUGAUUAGUACUUCAUGGAAGAAAAAGAGGAAGGAAAGAUGCAUCAAAUAAUUGGAACAGGGCCACAGUCUUCAAAGUACAUUUCAUCAUUAAAAAAAACAUUCAUUAUAGCACCAUUCACUUCAACCAGAGCUGUGUUGUGUCCCCUUGGAUCCCACAGAUCCUACCCACCAAGAUGUCCUACUCAGCCAACCUGAAGAACGUGAUGAGUAUGGAGACUAGUCAGCGCGGCCGAGAGGACCAGCCCAUGGACCAGGAGCUAGUGGCUCCAAAGCCAGGCCCCUCACCGCACGACCUAGCUGCCCAGCUAAAGAGCAGCCUCCUGGCUGAGAUAGGCCUCACCGAGAGCGACGGACCCCCGCUCCCUUCCUUUAGGUAUGGUACACGUCUUAGUGACUAGUAAAUAAAUGAAAGUCCCAUCUAGGUAUGCUUUCUUAGUUCGCUCUCUCUUUGCUUCAAUAAGGAAACAUUGAAUAUAGUUAUAAAGUGUUUUUCCCCCUCAGUUCUCUCCCUCUGCAUCUUACAACUGCAUAUGUAAAUGCUCCUUACUCUCCCGUCUUUGGUAUUAACAAGGAAGUAACAUCUCUGUGCCCUCUCCUGUGUUCUCUAGACCCCACUGUAAUAUUGACUAGGAAGUAUAACAUCUCUGUGUCCUCCUCUCCAGACCCCACUGUAGUUUCAUGGGGAUGGUGAUCUCCCAUGACAUGCUGCUGGGCCGCUGGCGUCUGUCUCUGGAGCUGUUCGGACGCGUCUUCAUGGAGGACGUUGGAGCAGAGCCUGGAUCGGUAUGCACACUCAGGGAUUGGUGUUGAAACACUUGUACUUUUAUUAUAUUUACAGUAUUUCCCCCACCCCAAACCAUUAAUACAAUGAAAUCCACAAAAUUAUACAGCUAGACAUACACAAAAUUAAGAAAAAUACCAUUACCAAGAUGAUGGGCUAGAAGCAUGGGGAAAUGUCUAGAUAGUUUAUGAAUUGCCUGGCUGGGCUGUUGAACAGCGCAUUGAUAAUUCAAAUGGAACUGUUAACAGGCUUUACCCGUGGAUUAUCGUGAAUAACUAACGGCUAUCAACCAAUCAGCAUCCCGGAUCCAAAUGUACGCUUUUAUAACGGUCACUACAGCACUACAGAUUUCUGUCCCCAGAUCCUGACAGACAAACAUGUAAUAAAGAAAAGUACAAUUACCAAGAUGAGAUCAGGACUAAUUAAACAUAAAAACAGUUGAAGAUCUAACCAGACAUUUAAUCCUGUCUGUCUGAUCCCGUCCCCAGAUCCUGACCGAGCUGGGGGGCUUUGAGGUGAAGGAGUCUAAGUUCCGCCGGGAGAUGGAGAAACUCCGUAACCUCCAGUCCCGUGACCUUGCCCUGGAGGUGGACCGUGACCGUGACCAGCUGAUCCAGCAGACCAUGAGGCAGCUCAACACCCACUUUGGCCGGCGCUGCACCACCACACCCAUGGCUGUGCACCGCGUCAAGGUCACCUUCAAGGACGAGCCGGGCGAGGGUAGUGGCGUGGCCCGUAGCUUCUACACUGCCAUCGCCCUGGCCUUCCUGUCCAAUGACAAGCUGCCCAACCUGGACUGUGUGCAGAGUGUCAGCAAGGGCAUGCAGGCCAGCAGUACGUGUCAUCACGAUUACAACUCAAGUAUGACAUUGAGUAUGAAACUACUAGCGUCAAUUUAUUAAUUACUUAACCCAAAUGUCACUUAAACAUGGUGGUGGUGACAACUUACUACUACCAACACUCUGGGGGAAGCAAUAGGAAUUUCAGAAUAGCAUAGAGAUAUAUCUUUCCUAAAGUCUCCCUCUGUGUGUAGAUCUGAUGCAGCGGCUGAGGAACAGAGACCGGGAGAGGGAGCGGAGGAGUGGAGGGCUCCGAGCCGGCUCUAGGAGAGACCGAGACAGGUGAGAGACCAACCUCCCUGCCCAUCAACCCUGUGGUUGUAGUGUGUUUUGGGCUAUUAGGACAUGUUGCCUUUUAGAAAACAUUUGACCUUCAUCUGUUAAUGUGUUAGGUUGGAGUUACACAGAGCAACUUUCAAGCAAAUUUAGUUGCAGUUAGAGGUUGCAAGUGACAUCUCAAGAAACUUUGCUGAUAUACGAAGUAACUCAAACGUGAUUGAAAUUGCGUGCAACAGCCAAUCAAAUUGAAGCUGCUAUUGUCAUAUGGUUUGAGAAGUCUUAACUCACCUAAUGUAAUCUGCUGCAUUACAUCAUGAUUUCACAAAUUAAUUGUUUAUCCAACCGCAUGGUUAUUGUAUAAGAAUGGUUUUGGAGAUUAUGCUGGCUGUACAAUUUAGCUAGCUAGUCAAAAUGAAAUUGACAGCAGUUCAUGUUGGACAAUUUCAGUUGAAUCUGGUCUGAGAGAGGUCUGGGUUCACUUCAAAAAUUACAUUUAUUGACUACCAAACCAUGUACAUUAACCAUGACUUCCCAUAAUGCUAAUAUUUAUUUACAGCUCCCGUUUGGCUAAUGUCUCUUCUACCAACCUUGAUCGCGGUUCCCGCAGCACUGACAGCUGUGUUGACAUGACAACUGGGUCGGAGUUCCGAACCUUCAAAUGGAACAUGUGCGAAGCAUUCAUUUUGAUUGGCUGUUGCUUGCAACUAGUGCACAAAGUUGCAUUUUUUUGCAACUGGAUGCAUCCAAGUUGUAGAUGAAUUGCUUAUCAGUUGCUGGGGGUGUUACACGAAGCAAUCCAAAUGCAACAUAGUCUGAAAGUUGUAACUAUAGCCUUAGACACCUCACUACUCAACUAUACCAAAAGUAUUAUUUUUUUUACACUGCUGAGCCGAGCCAAACCUAGCUGGCCUGGUUACGCAUCCAUCAUAGUUUCUGGCCUGCGCUGCAUUGUCUUACGUCGGAUAGCGCAAACACUCAUGGGAUAGCUACAAAGAAGUCAGUCUACAAUAUGCUGUCCUAACAUUUGAAAAGGUUACCAAGGUGACAACGUCCACUGAACCUCCUUUCAUCCUCAAGAGUCAGUGAAUCUUACCAAAAACUAUAAACCUGGAGCUAAUUUCUUUUUUUAUGUCAUGAGCAAGGCUUCACUACCUAAUUCUAUAUCUAGCGAAGGUGUUUUGUGGUGGUAGAAUCUGUAUUUAUGAAAUUCUAAAUGUGUACGAACAUUUCAAAUCAAUCCAUAUGAAAAGAAAGACAGGGAUGCUAACACCAGUUCACCCACUCAAUGCUGAAUACUCCCUCUAGCUAGCUAGUGUAGUGAAGUUCUAGCUAUGCACAUGAGUUCUCAUGAUAUCUGUUCUGCUGUGAUUAGUGCACCGAGUUCUACAGCACAGCUGACUUCUCUCUGCGAUGUUAUCGCGAUAGCCAAUUUUUACUGAGUAGCGAGGCACAAUGGCAGCUGUUAGUCGGAUACAUGCUGAUUUCUGAGAACAGUCCCAUAACUUUGGUUCUGUACAACUUCAUCAACAAGCUGUUAAACUAGCUACCGUAUGGCCAUUCAAACAAGGUUGUACUAGGCUGCUAGCUGGAGCAUGGUUUGCCAUAGUAGCCAGUGUGUCAUAGCUACCGAGAGCGGAGCGAUUUUCAGAAUUAGGAACUAGUGUUAGACGGAUGAGCAAAAUAGAUUUUUAGAGAUGAGUUCCACGUCCUACAAGACCGAUCGGUUGAUGGACGAGCAUCGCGUAGUAGUGACGAGCAUCACGUAGGAGUGACGUGAUCUGGCGCAAGACAAUGGCCUGCACUGGCCAGUUUGGUUCGGGUCGGCACGAUGGUGUAGAAAGUUUGAAGGCGCUAGCUAACCUUCCCUUCUGUGUGUGUUCUAGGGACUCGAGGAGACAGCUGUCCAUUGACACCCGGCCCUUCAGGCCAGCCUCAGAGGGGAACCCCAGUGAUGAACCUGACCCCCUGCCUGCCCACAGACAGGCCCUGGGAGAGAGGCUGUACCCCCGCGUCCACGCUAUGCAGCCGGUACCUACCAGCUUUACAACAAUCAAACAAGCACAGAAAUUAUACUUGUCUUGUGAUGAAGUAUCUGUAAAGUAAUAAAGUAUCCAUCAUCUAUAAAUACAGUAUCCAAUCUAUAAUGCGUAAUAUCUAUAUACAAUCAACAAGGAAUACUGUAUGUGAUGGGUGGUGAAUAAGUGAUAACUUCAGGACAGUGAUACAUAAUGUGACUGAUUGGGGUUGUUCCUUCCUCUCCAGGCGUUUGCCAGUAAGAUCACAGGGAUGCUGCUGGAGCUCUCCCCAGCCCAGCUGCUGUUGCUGCUGGCCAGUGAGGACUCUCUCAGGGCCAGGGUGGAGGAGGCCAUGGAGCUGCUCAUUGCACAUGGAAGGUAUAGUACAGUGUCCUAUUCACCAUUCUGUUGUCAUUUUGUUCUCAAAAUGGCACCCCUACUCACAGUGCACUACUUUUGACCAGAGCCCCUAUAUGCUGAAUAGGGUGCCAUUUGGGACGCAUCUUGUCACCCUACACAAUUUCAAGGAUGCCCUCUUGGCCAGGUCUCCCUUGUGAAAGUGGUAUUUUGACCUCAAUAGGACAACCUGGUUAGAUAAAAGUGAAAUAAAGGAUACACUGACUAAAACCCCUCUCUCCUUCCACAGGGAAAAUGGUGCUGACAGCAUACUGGACCUGGGUCUCCUGGAGGCUCCUGAGAAAGCACAGGUAAACUUCAGCUCUCCAUCUCCGGUCCCAGCAUGCCUCAGCUCUGUGGUCCAGGCACAAGUCAUUAGUGCCUGAGAGAAAGUUGUAUGAAAAAUAAAAGGAAUGUGGACAUUCAUGUACUGGUUAGAAUUCUCUGAAUGUGGCCUUUUUAGAGGUUUACUAUAACAUAAUACAAAUAUUCACCUCAUGAUCACCCAAUUAUAUUAUGCUCUAAUAAUAACAGAGGGGAUAUAGGGGACUGUUUAAUGUCAAUAUUUCAGCCUUAGCAACCUUUCUCAAGACCAGUCUCUUCUAUUUUACUGGGUGGCACUAGGGCUGUGGCGGUAUGACAUUUUGUCAGCUGGUGAUUGUCAAGCAAAUAACUGCCACUCUCAUGGCAAUUGACUGUUAAUUAACAUAAACACAUGUAGCAUCUCCUGGCUUCCAUGCAUAGCCCACAAGCCACUGAUGCAGAGCUUUUGGAACAUCUACAUUUUAAAAAGUAUAAUAAAUCAAUUUAGUAUAGCCUACACAUCACAAUAAAUCCAUUAUUUAUUUUAGACAGGUCUAAAGAAACACGAUAUGAAGAAAAUGUGGUCUAUUUCAAAAGAACAGAAUAGCAUACUCGUAGUUGUCCUUAUGUUAGGCCCUGAUAUGGCUAUGGCUGUGGGCUACACUAGUUCAUUUAGCAGACAAGAUUUGCUUAGAAUUCCGUGGGAUUAUUUUUUAUUAUUUUAUAGUAUGAAGAAUACAAUUGAACAUAGCUUAAUAAAAUAGAAAGGUUGUUUGUGUUGAGCGGUUAACAAAGGCACUGGUCCUCCUAUACGCUUGAUUUAGAGUUAUUUAUGCAACUUUAGUUGUGAUACAAAGGUUGGGCUAUAUGUUUUGAUUUUAAUACAUUCUAAGGCUGCAUGAUGGGACUCUAAUGAUGAUUUGAAAAAAGUCGCAAAUUGCACACACUUCAUCAGUUUGACAAGCACUUGAUAAUAUUCUCACCAGGCCUUGAAUUUCCCAGCGGCAUCCCCCUUGUGUGGCUGUAAUGCCCCCUAAAAAAAUCUGUGCCUUUUGCGGCCAAAGUGGCUGUUGUGCCCUUGGGCUGAAUAUAAUAAUUAUAAUUCCCGGCUGUCGUGCUCCGAAGCACCUCGCACUCACAUGGCUCUCUGAUGUAGCCAAUGCCCCUCACGUGAUCGGGUCCUUCUCAUAGGCAUUUCAGCUAAGAAGUAGGCUACAAGUGAAUGAAGACACACAUCGGGGACGCAACUGCGAAGAUGUUAGAACUGUCCACAUUUAGCUUACCUUUCAUCAGCCAACAAGAUGACUAGGCCUGACGAACAGCAAAAGCACUAGCCUAUGUCAAUCUACUAUCCCCCAUCGUACAGUACUCUGGGACGGUUGUGGGAUGCGAUAGAUCCCAAAUUAAUACAGCCACUAGCAUAAAAAAAUACUUUGAAAAGCAAUGAGGCUGAUGCAACAGAUCAGAACGUUUAGCUUAAAAUGUUGAUAAACGUUUAGGCUUUCUUCACAUUAUUAUAAUAAUAAUAAUAAUAAUAAUAAUAUGCCAUUAAGCAGACGCUUUUAUCCAAAGCGACUUACAGUCAUGCGUGCAUACAUUUUUGUGCAUGGGUGGUCCCGGGGAUCGAACCCACUACCUUGGCGUUACAAGCACCGUGCUCUACCAGCUGAGCUACAGAGGACCACGUUAUAAGCGUAGGAAUGCGCACACGGCAGUAGGCUAUAAGCGCGAAUGUUCCAAAAUGCAAUCAAUUAGCGGGAAAACACUGUUCUCAAAAAUGACAGCAAAUGCGAUCUAUUUAUGUGUUGCUUUAUUAUAAAGGUGCAUUUUUAUGGUGAAAAUGUUAUUCCCCAAACUUAACUCAUGCACAGCCUAUGUAUGCCAGUUAGGCUCUACACCGGUUAUAAAGCGGAUUAAUGUGCCUAAUUUUAAGAAGUUAUUUGGCCACUUUCAUUGUGAUACAAACCUUAUCAAAACAUAUAGGCCUAUGGGCUAAGCUACGAUUACAUUUGCAUUGAGGUCAGAGUGAUUAGAGGGACAAUAGAGUGCUGAGUACCAGGCAGUUAGCAAGUUUGGUAGGCUACUAAUGACCAUCAGCAGCAUCAGAGCUUGGAGAAGCCUAAUUACCGUGACUACACGGUCACGUGGAAUUUGACUGCCGUCGUGACUCGUGACUGCCGGUGUGGCGGUAAUACAGUCACCGUAACAGCCCUAAGUGGCACUGAUUUUCAUUAUUUUACGCUGUAAUAACAAUAGAAUUAGUCAAUUAUUGUCAAUUAUGAAUAAAGUUCCUCAUUUCCUGGUUGUAGCAGCAGGAGAACCGUAAGCGUCAUGGCUCCACCCGCAGUGUGGUGGACAUGGAGCUGGAUGACCCUGAAGACGGAGACGACAACGCUCCCCUGUUCUACCAGCCCGGGAAGAGAGGAUUCUACUCUCCCCGGCCCGGCAAGAACACAGAGGCCAGGCUCAACUGCUUCAGGAACAUCGGCAGGUAAGGACGGACCACUGGCUGAGUCCUGACAUCCUAUUCCCUUUAUAGUGCAACCAGACCCAUAGGGAGUGCAGCCUCUAUUUACUUGUAUUCAGAGAUGAAACAACGAAAUUACAAUUAUAUGUAGCCUACAAAGAAAUUCCAAGUAUUUAAUUGUUUUGUUUUUUUGUUUUUUUCCUCCAGAAUACUAGGGCUGUGUCUGCUGCAGAAUGAGCUCUGUCCAAUUACCUUGAACAGACAUGUCAUCAAGGUGCUACUUGGCAGAAAGGUAAUGAGUUCCACUGUUAUAUGGGCACUGUUGUACUCUGCUAUAUGGAAACUGCUACAUCUGGACUUGUACACGGAUAGAGUUCUCAUCCGUAUGUGUGUGUGGUGUGCAGGUGAACUGGCAUGACUUUGCCUUCUUUGACCCGGUAAUGUACGAGAGCCUGCGGCAGUUGAUCCGUCACUCUCAGGCUGGAGAGGCGGAGGCUGUGUUUGCAGCCAUGGACUUGGCCUUCGCAAUAGACCUGUGCAAAGAGGAAGGGGCUGGACAGGUAAAGAACUCACAGAUUUUUCAUUUUGUUAUAUUUUUGCAAUCACCUCUGAUGACUGCAUGCUCUGGUUUUAAUGCACUCUGUCACAACUGGCAUUUCACUGUACUUGUACAUGUGACAUUAAAAACUUGAAACUGCCACGUUUUGCAUUUAUCAGGCGUUGACUGUAUUUUGAAAACCCUUCUCUUCUUGACACUAAUUCUGACUGAGGGAAUGUUUUGAAACAUUGCAUUAUAUUAUUAAUAUGACUUAUCUGCUGUCCAUGGCUAUAUCAGGUGGAGCUGCUGUCAGGUGGGGUCAACAUGCCUGUGACUCCUCUCAACGUUUACGAAUACGUGAGGAAGUACGCCGAACACAGGAUGCUGGUAGUCGCCGAGCAACCUCUUCAUGUGAGUUGUACACUGUCUCACGUGGCACUGUAUACAAGUGAAUUACCAUUCAUUAUAAUAAGGGGAACCAAGUGGGGCAUUCUGUAUUGAGUUAGGUCUAAAGUUAGCCUGGUCCCAGAUCUGUUUGUGUUUUUGGCAUGACAAUGGCCAUAGGAGUUUCCGAAAUAGCAAAUCUGACACCAGGCCAGUCUAAAGCUGGAGAAGGGAUAAGCCUAGAUGUGUACAGAGACUCAAUAUUGUUGAGCGUAAAUGCAUGUGAGAUUAAUACCAUGUUCUCUCUCAGCCGAUGAGAAGGGGAUGGAUGUGUAUUGUAUAUAAAGAUGUUAACAUGCAAUGUUAAUAUUGUUUUGUCUCUCUCAGGCGAUGAGGAAGGGUCUGUUGGAUGUCCUUCCUAAGAAUGCCCUGGAGGACCUGACAGCUGAGGACUUCAGGCUGCUGGUCAACGGCUGUGGAGAGGUCAACGUGCAGAUGCUCAUCAGCUUCACGUCCUUCAACGAUGAAUCUGGUACAAAGACCUUGGCCCGUAUUCACAAAGAAUCUCAGAGUAUGAGUGCUGAUGUAGGAUCAGUUUUGCCUUUUUGAUCACAAUUAAUAAGAUUAUGUGGAGGGGAGACCUGGUCCUAGAACUGUAAAACCUGGAUGCAUUUAGGUUUCCUUUUGUUAUUGAUCCUCACCCUUACACUUUUAGCCAUGCAGUUGGAGCAGUUGGAAGUCUUGUAACAUAAAUAAGUUUGUACUUUUACAUGACUUAAAUGUGUUUGAGUUUAUGGUUUUUAUUCCAUGUUGAGUCACUUAUUUUUGUUAUCCACUCUGAAUCUCAACAGGGGAAAAUGCUGAUAAGUUGUUGCAGUUCAAACGCUGGUUUUGGUCCAUCGUGGAGAAGAUGAGCAUGACUGAGAGGCAAGAUCUGGUAAGAAAUGAUUUUCACUACCUGAUGCAGUCCCAGCUUAUUACAUGUCAUUGUUAUCUGCACAAUGUCUAAUACAAAUUCCAAUACAAAAAUCUGAGUCCAAUGUAUUUAUUACACAUAACUUUGAACCUUGAGACUGUGUUUUCCCCUCUCCUCUCCUCUCUCCCUCCCUGCAGGUGUACUUCUGGACCUCCAGUCCGUCUCUGCCAGCCAGUGAGGAAGGCUUCCAGCCCAUGCCCUCCAUCACCAUCAGGCCUCCGGACGACCAGCACCUGCCCACGGCCAACACCUGCAUCUCGCGCCUCUACGUGCCACUCUACUCCUCCAAACAGAUUCUAAAACAGAAACUCUUACUAGCCAUUAAGACCAAGAACUUUGGUUUUGUGUAGAGGUUGACAAACAUGUUUACCUGUUGUGUAAUAUUUACCUAGUUCAAUUUUUGUAGAUUUGUUUUUUGUCUAUACAAUUUUAUGGAAUUCAAAGAAAAUACAAAAAUGCUGUCGCUCCCCUGGCGGUUAUUUUGUUUGUGUUGUGAACACAGACGGCUUGUUCUUAUUUUAUUUUAAUUUUUUUAGUUCUGAAGAUAAUAUACAUUCCUGCAUUGGCUUUGUAAAGUUGAAGCCCUCGGCUCCGCUCUAUUGGCUUAAACCUUUACUUCCCAGGAAUUUGGCUCAACAGCAAACUGUGUGCCGAAACCCAGCCAAAGAGGACCGCAGUAGAAGUAUUUAAAAAGUAAAAGUAUAAAAAAACCCACUGUGAUUAUGAUUUUGUUCCUUGCCCUAAACAGAACACUUACUAUCACUGACAGUUCGCUGCUGCCUUGGUGGAAAGUAAUUAUUUUUCUUGUAUAGGGGGAGUAGGGAAUUACAAAAUAAACUUGGAUGCAAAUUAUA